AUAUUACAUUUGUAUGUUAAAUAAAGUGAAUGUAUUAUAGACAAUAACAAUUUAAAGUCAUAUAAAUCAUAUAAAUACUGUACACAUUAACAUCCUGUCAUGAUGUAAUGUUAAAACCUGGGGACAGAAGCUACAUUCUGUCUUGAUGGAUUUCUUCUACUUUUCCCCAGAGAGGGUUUUUUGUAGGAGUUUUUUCUCCUGUCAGGUAUUAAUUUAGCAAUUGGAUGCAAGACAGCCGCAUGAGGCAAUGUGUUGCACCAGAUAAACUGUGAUAAACCAUUAAGUACUGUGAUAAACCAUUAAGUACUGUGAUCUUAUAUGUUGUGUUGUAAUUGAAGUGUACUAGUUAUAAGAUGAAGACAAACUAUGUAUAUGAUGUUAUUUUCACUCUUUGAGGCAUAAAGCCAGAUGUUUACAAGAGAAUGCAUUGGAAUGUGAGGGACAGAAGAGACAGAGAGGGUUUCAGGUUACUGCAGCAGAUUCACACCUAGGUGUGAAAAGGCUGGACCAGGAAGGAGCCAAUGACAUUCAAAUACACCCCAAAGACAACCCCCCCCGGGAGCUUCAAAUCAUCACACCAAGGAAGAAGAGUUAGAUUUUUCCUGGAGCCGUAUUGAAAAGUCGCCUUUGACUUGGACGGAGAUUUCUCUAUUUCGCGAAAUAUAUCACUAUUCACAAUCUUAUUUCACUUUGUAAUUGUAGACCUUACUCUUUGUUUAGUUAUUAAAUACUUUUUGAUUUUAAAACCCUGAGUUAGUCGACUCUUUGAUUCACCGUAUCCUGCCUGAAAGAGAACAAAGGGAAGGUGAUCUCUCCUCCGGCCUUCAGAACCCAACAGAUUCCGACAGGAUCACGGCCGUUUCAGAAGAACCGGCGGCGCCUGUGGCUGCAGGCGAUUAAACGUGUUGAUUGGAGCGAGGACAUACUAAAAAAUGCUCGCGUCUGCAGCGCCCACUUUAUAUCAGGUGAGGCGUCAUUGGACUCUAGUAGUCCUGAUUUUGUGCCUUCUGUGUUUGUCUACACAAAACCGAGCCAGAACCCCGAAGCAAAGUUGGAAAGGUAAGAAUAUUUAAUUUACUUUAGUUUGUUUUUCUCUCUUGCAUAACUGUACAUGUGUGCUGUUUUUAUUGUAGGUACCAUAGGAAAAGGAGGAGAGAUGACAGACCUAUAACAGCAGCAAAUCUAUGUGUUCCUUCUAAAACUCCCACACAAGAAUGCAGCAUGGAUCAUUGUCCAGCUGAAGACGACAUCCCAGUUACAAAGAGGGAGUAUGAUGACCUGAACCGGAGAACCUGUCAGCUUCAGGAGGACUAUGUACACCUGUCUCAGAAGUUUGAGGCAUUACAAGCAGAAAAUGUAAAGUUGAAAGAGGAGCAGCAGAAAUCUACAUUUUCCUACACAACUGUUAAGUGCAACAUUGGAGAACUGUUUUUUCUCACUGGACUGACCUCCGUGGUCUUUGAGUGGCUAGUUACAAAAAUAACAGGCAGCUUAGAAAGAGUUAUCCAAAAACUUACACUAGAAGACCACCUGUUGGUUAUAUUGAUGAAAUUAAGGUUGGGUCUAUGUAAUACUGACUUGGCAUAUAGAUUUAAAGUAUCAAAAACCACGAUUUCAAAUAUUUUGCGGAGCUGGGUCCCUGGUAUGGCCUUGAUCCUUAAGCCACUCAUUAAAUGGCCAAGUAAGGGCGCAAUACUUAAAAAUAUGCCAAAAACAUUCAAGCGAAACUUUAAAAACUGCCGGUGCAUAAUAGACUGCACAGAAAUGUUCAUAGCUAGACCCAGUAAUCUGACUGCUAGGGCCCAGACAUGGUCAAAUUAUAAACACAACAACACAAUUAAAUAUUUAAUCGGCAUCACUCCAGCUGGUGCAAUUUCAUUUCUAUCUCCUGGGUGGGGUGGACGGGUUUCAGACAAGCAGAUCACAAAAGAGUCAGGUUUCUUAGAACUUUUGGAGCCUAGGGAUGAGGUUUUAGCCGACAGGGGAUUUCUCAUCAGAGACGAGCUUGCAGCUUAUGGUGCAACCCUUCGUAUCCCUCAUUUCACCAAAGGAAAAAAGCAGCUUUCUGCACAGGAAGUUGACACAUCUAGACAACUUUCUCGUGUGAGAAUCCAUGUGAAACGAGUUAUUGGUCGGUGGAAAAACUUUAAGAUUUUGCAAACAGUUAAUCCAGUGUCGCAGGUUAACAUGCUUGACGAUGUUGUGACUGUAUGUGGUGCCCUCACAAACCUCUGUAAGAGUGUUGUUUCCAAAUGA